GUCGGAUGUUACGUGAGGUUUCCCUCGGAGUACAAACAUGUCGGCGUACAAGAGAAAACGUGGAGGACAGGCUGCUUUUGAUAAAAAGGCAAAGAAAGUAAAAUUUGUUGCGGACGAAGGUGAAACAGCGGUGCAGUCCGAGCAGGAGAAGAAGAAUGAAAUCACGAUUCCGCCACCGGUUUCUGCGGGUAAAUGGACCAACAAGGAGAGGGUCCUCAUUUUCUCCUCAAGAGGAGUCAACUUCAGAACAAGACACUUGAUGCAAGACCUGAGGACCAUGAUGCCCCACUCAAAAGCCGAUACAAAAAUGGACAGAAAGGACAAGUUGUUUGUCAUUAAUGAGGUGUGUGAAAUCAAAAACUGCAACAAAUGCCUCUUUUUUGAGGCCAAGAAGAAGCAAGACCUCUAUAUGUGGAUUUCAAACAGCCCUCAUGGACCUUCUGCAAAGUUUCUGGUUCAAAACAUUCACACACUGGCUGAACUCAAGAUGACUGGAAACUGCCUCAAAGGAUCCAGACCGCUGCUCUCCUUCGAUCCUACAUUUGACAAGGAGCCUCACUUUGCUUUACUGAAGGAGCUCUUCAUCCAGACAUUUUCUACUCCACGCUACCACCCUAAGAGCCAGCCCUUUGUGGACCACGUCUUCACAUUCACCAUCGCAGACAACAGGAUAUGGUUUAGAAACUACCAGAUCAUCGAGGAGGAUGCCUCUCUAGUGGAGAUUGGCCCUCGCUUUGUUCUCAACCUCAUCAAGAUCUUUCAGGGGAGCUUUGGAGGGCCAACACUCUUUGAAAACCCAGACUUCAAGUCUCCUAACACGCAUCGGCGAGAGAUCAGAAUGGCAGCGGCAGCCAGAGUGCGCGAGAAGCAGAUGGUGAAGGAGAUGCAGAAAAAGAAGAGGACCGAAGCGAAACAGGAAGUGGUCAGAGAUGUUACAGCGAACGUCUUCGAUACACCAGCUGACGAGAAGUCUGUUAACAUCAUGACAGAAGCACCGGAGCCAAAACCGGUGAAGAAGAACAAACACAAAGCUUUCAAAAGACAAAGGAUGGCACGCAGGUAA